AUGAGUAACGCGGCAGUGAAACGUGGUGAACGGGAGCAGGCGAUCAAGUUGGCGAUUAUUGCCAUUAAGUUUGGCAAGUCGUUACGGGCAGCUGCUGGAGAGUAUGGUAUACCCCGUACCACCUUGCUUCGUCACAAGCGGUUAAACGCUGGCCUGAUGGUGCAAGCGGACCCGCUACAUCCUACGAUAUCGAUGGAGGAUGAACCAGAACGGGCAUUCGAAAAGUAUUGCUUGCUAUGCUCGGACAAGUUCUUCGGUCUAACAUCCAGAGACAUUCGUGUGCUUGCACCACAAUUCGCGAACCAGCUGGGGAUUCCGGUUCCCGACAAUUGGAUCGCGAACGCAAAGGCAGGCCCUGUUUGGUUUCGGAACUUUCUGCGCCGAAGGCCGAACCUGUCGAUGCGUUCACCCGAGGCGACCAGCAUAGCCAGAGUCUCUGCUUUUAAUCCCACAAAUGUGGGCAAGUUUUUCGAUCUUCUACGCACAGUAGCCGAGAAUAUAACGUUCGAACCAAAUUCCAUCUGGAAUCUGGACGAGACUGGAGUGACAACAGUUCAGAAACCUCAACGAGUUGCUAGUCGCCGUGGAGUCAAACGUGUUGGUCGAGUAACUUCGGCCGAUCGGGGCCCGUUGGUUACGAUGGUACUUGCGGUUUCCGCCACUGGCAAUAAAAUGCCACCAUUUUUCGUUUUUCCUCGAAAACGUUUCCAUCCACACUUUCUGGAUGGUGGUCCAACGGGAUGCGCUGGAGCGGUGAGUAAUACAGGGUGGAUGAAUGCAGAUAUUUAUCUGGAUGUUCUCCGACACUUUAAAGCAUUUACGCGAGUGUCCAAAGAAAACCCGCUUUUGUUGAUUGUGGACAACCACGGUUCACACAGAAGUCUACCUGCAAUCGAGUUUUGCAGGGAUAAUGGCAUUCACCUACUUACAAUACCACCCCAUUGCUCUCACCGCUUACAACCCUUGGACGUGAGUGUGUUUUCGCCGUUCAAACACGCAAUGAAUGUGCUGUGCGACGAAUGGACAUACAGGCAUCCCGGAAAGCCGAUGUCUAUUUUUGACCUACCGGCUAUCAUCGACAGCGCUCUCGAACGGAGUGCCACGGAGCGAAACAUCAAGGCCGGGUUCCGGGCAUCAGGUAUUUGGCCCUUCAACCCGGAUGUAUUCACUGCAUUGGAUUAUGCUCCAUCAUCAGUGACAGGACCUUCCUUGGUUGACGAAAUAAUACCAGGAUCACUGCUGGACACUCUUUGCAGAAUCAGACCAAUCCCGCGGGCACCACCGCGUGCUACAGGCAGACGAGGACGAAAACCUGGACGAGCUGCUAUACUGACGGACCCCGCUGAAAUCGCUCUGAUGGAACAAAACAUACAAGCGAAGGGAGUAGCCCGACCCACUCAACGGCGAGUAGGCCGACCACGUAAAGCAACUGUGCAGUUUCAUAGCCUCGUUAGUGCACCACCAAGACCAACGAUAGUGGUGAUAAAGAGACCACCUGGAAGACCCCGCAAAUCACAGGCUGCAGCGGAUAAGAGGCCCGUUGGCCGACCCCGCAAGCCUCCAGUCGUUAUACUAAAAAGGCCUGUUGGCCGACCUCCAAAGUCACUAGCCAUUGCUAAGAGGCCCGUUGGCCGACCACCAAAGUAUCCAACCAUUGCUAAGAGGCCCGUUGGCCGACCACCAAAGUAUCCAACCAUUGCUAAGAGGCCCGUUGGCCGACCACCAAAGUAUCCAACCAUUGCUAAGAGGCCCGUUGGGCGACCUGCUCAAAGUAAAGGCACUGCCAAGAGGCCCGUUGGCCGCCCACGCAAGAUUAAGAGGCCUGUUGGUAGGCCACCGAAACAACCAGCAGCCAAAAUAAGACAUGAAUCUGAAUAA